AUGUCCAAAUCGACUCCACGCUACGACAUCAGUCUCGGUGUUGAAGGUGCAGAGUCCCGGAAGCGAAGGUAUAUCAGUGGCGCGUUCACUUCUAGGAAACGUGCAGCAAUUGCAUGUUCCUUUUGCCGGCUCCGAAAAACAAGGUGUGACAACGCACUACCGAGAUGUGGUGCGUGCUGCCAUCAUGAUGCUACGUGCAUAUACGAUGAAGGCGAUGAAGUAGGUCGUCCAGGGGACGAACGACACAGUGAUCUCGUGCAGCGUCUUGAUGAGAUCAAGGAAUGCUUGCAACAAAUGCAGAGGGCCGGUGGCAGCCCCGCAGCUUAUGGCAGCGCAUCACAGAACGGCAGGGAUUUGCGACCCAGUAUCCCAACACCUGCUGGGCCAAACGACACAACAAUGGGUGUUUGCAAUGAGCUUGAUGAAGCUGGUGGUGCUGUCGACCCAUAUGCAUCGCCAUAUCGAGCGGCGCGUUGCGAAGCAGUGUGUCGGUGGCCUAUCUUUGACGGCUGGAUUGACGACUCUGCCAAGACGAUCGAGUCUUUCCUCCACCAAGCGACUGUUAUGGUGUCUGACGCGAAUUGCGAGGACAGCCAUGUUUCCAGGUUGUCUCCGACCAAUGUUAGGAGCCUAGUAGCGACUUCCGAGAUAGAUCUGAGGGAUGUUAUACCACUGUGCAGAAGCUUCCUGGGCCACGUCCACUUUCGAAAUCCGAUUCUAGAUCCAAGGAAGCUGAUGCAGUCUGCAAAGCAAGUGGCACAGAAUGGUUUCGAAUGGGAUACACGAUCGUGCCUUGUAUUGAUCAUAUGUGCCAUCUCUUGUAUCCUGUCGGGUGAGACUCCACCCUCGGACCACAUGCUGACACAUCCGGAUGACGCUCCUAAGCUGCCUGUACAUAUUCAAAAGGAUCCUGUUGGAUUCUCAGAAGCAUACUUGCAGGAAGCGAAGAAAAGGGUAGGGCUUUUGGAAAUGUCAGUUCCUGACAUCGAAUGCUUUUUCUUCCUAUCCAUCUACGAAAAGCUGCGUAUCAGGCCUUUGCAAUCCUGGUACCACCUCCGGCAAGCAUCUAUGCGUCUCAAGGCUUACCUGAUGAGCCAUACUGGUCACAAGGAAUGCCAUGACUAUGCGCGAGAUGGGAUCCACGAAGUCGUACCGCGAGUUUUCUGGUCAUGUGUUCGGGCAGAAAUCGAGCUCCUGCCAGACAUGUGUCUGCCGUCCAGUGGGCUUGACAAAUUUGAGUAUCCUGACUUUCCAGCACCGCCAGCUAUCGCACCUAGUGCAGCGAUCCUGUACGAUCCGAAUGAAGAUAGCAACGUUGAUCCCGUACCCGAGCCAUUGCAAGAACAGUCAUGGCUGUUCUUCCUGGCCGAGAUCUCUUUGCGUCGGACGAUCAACGCUAAUCUCCGUCUGAUUUACCCCAAGUCCGAAUCGUAUUGGCUGUCGCAUCCUUGUUUGCUCCUCAAGCACUACUCCGAGUGCGAGGAACAGAUUCGAGCGUGGCAUUCGCACCUUCCCGCAAGACUGAAACUCGACGCUACCGCCACGCAGUACCAGAGCUUAAGCUUCUACCUCGAAAGCAGAUUCCAAGACUGGCGCGAAUACAUCUUGAGACCUCUGCUCUACUGCGCACUCCAUCAGAAUCACCAACCACCAACACUAGAAAAUGGCAGCGUCACCAACCAAGCUUCACGAUCCGCGGCUCCACACGCCAAUAGCCAUGAAACUUACGUCCACAUCACUCGUCUGGCGCAGCAGCAUGUCGCCCUGUCAGCCCAGCUCAUUCCCCAAGCAUUUGAGCACGGUCGAUACGGUGGUACAUGGCAGCUUUGCCGUCGCACCUUCACCGGCGCAAUGGCCAUCCUCGCUUCGGUCAUCUCGCCCCACCUGCAAGCCCCGGACAUGUGGCGUCAUCUGUGUGAGCUAGCUAUCAAGUAUUUGGCGCUGUGGAGCGCGGAAGCGAAAAGCGUCGAGGCCAUGCACAGGGUCCUAGAGAACUUGCUUCGGCGCGUGCUCGAUGGCCAAGGUCGGUAA